ACGAGUUCUUCUGUUUCCACUCAUAAUAGCACUGAGGAAACGCCAGGGAAACUGGAUGCUGUGCAACGCUUGUCUCUGAGGACUCGCGCGAGUUCGUGUGUGUCUGCUUGGAGCCUCGUUGAGGCGAGGAUCGAGGUCUUGUUUUUCAUCCAUGUCAGAGCACUGUGUACGUUUUCCUCGCGAAACGCUUACCGUGUACACUCGUCUUCGAGGUCAUAUUCGGCGGGACCUGUGUAGAUCUCUCAGUCGUAUUCUUUGCUCUCAGCAGAGUUCACACUUAGCGAACUUUGUUGUGGGUACGCUUUGUUUGCUGCUGUUUGGUGCCCACACGCGCGUCUCCGAAGAACUAUGCACACAAUAUUUGUGUUUGCAGAGAACUUCCGUUUUUCCGCAGACAAGUUCAGCAUAUGCUCCACAGAAUAUCCAGACUGGGGCGCCCGAAAAAACAGUGUGCAUCUGAGACACCAACACUCGCAUACAAGCCUCUCAGGAUGUGGCUGUAGAGAGUUCUCCCGUUUACCGUUGUUGCCCUAUGUAUCCUUCCGAUCUUCAUGUUGACGACUUAGUGACAGAAAGUCUGUUCGCCGCUUGUUAUAUAGGUCGAUUCUUUGUGUUCGAUUGUUUCGCUCACAGUGCGCGCGCCCGUGUGCAGGAGCGUCGGCUGUCAUUGUUUGUCUGAAACUCAUAGACCCCGGAAACUUCAAGUCUAUGUGUGGGCUCCUCGUGUCAAAAGCAGCAGUGGCAAGAAACGACCUCUCCCGUCUUUGAAUGUCAUGUUUUUUUCUUUGGUGUCUGCUACGCUCGCUGUCUUUCCUCGUUGGUGAUCGUGCUAGGUGGUGACGUUGCUGCAAGAGUUGAGACAGAAAAUCCUGCGCUGAAAGGCAGACUAUAGUCACUGAACGGAAGGCAUGGCACUGUAAAUUGCGUAGAAAACUAUGGCUUCAGAAAACGAUACGAGAUCGAAACCUGCGUUUGACCCCAGGGGAAAAGAGGUGGCAGUCACCGCACAUGUGGCUGUAAAGCAGAACACAACAAAGAGCGAAUUAGACAAAAGUGCGCCCACGAGUCGCGCUCAGAUGAGCAAGUACUGGGGAGACGAUGUCGAUGACAAAGUGGAGCGAACUGGCUGCAGUGAGCCGUAUGGCCGGCUCGUAGAUUGUCUCGAUGUGCAGGACAAAGACUGGCGCAAGUGCCGCGAGGAGUUGCAAGAGUUUCGACGCUGCUGUCACGAGAAAAAGGUUCCUGGGGCUUGACCCCGGCAGACUUCAAAGGCUUCAGUCGAAGGCGUAUGAGUGGCAGCGCACUCGAUGUUGGGGUCGUUGGCGGGAAUGUGGUGUGUGCUUGAGAAACAAGUCACUAUAGUUGUUCCACCUUUCGUUUCUUUACUUUUCUUAAAGCUCUUCCUGUCUUUGUAUCUGUACUACAUUUUAAAGAGAGUUCUUUCGUCCUUUGCAUCUUUACCUUGUUUUGAAGUUGUUCAGAUCUUCGCAUCUUUCUGUCGUCUCACAGGGUUGCUUGGAACCAUCGGAAACUACAGACGGCCACAAGCUCCGAAGGUUCCAUUCUGAGACAGUCACCACCCUGACCAGAUAGCAAUUUUCUUACCAACGAACUGUUUUUAGUGCUAGACGCUAACCCCUAUGCAGUCGGGCUCUGGUAGAUGUGCAUAUAUGCACAAGCGUACGUGCGUAUGCUAUCCGUAUGCUGUUUGCGUUUAUAUAUAUAUAUAUAUAUAUGUCUGUUGAGGACUUUAUGCGUGUGUGUCAACUGUAUCGACGUGCAUUUUUCUCUGUGGUAGGAAGAACUCUGACCGAAUCGUGAACGUAGAAGUGAAUUCGCA